GGCACUGCCUCCAGAGAAAGUGGUUCUGUUGGUGCGCUUAUCCCACUUCAUCGCCGGGCAUCAGAUUUUUCAAGACAUUCAAAGCGACUAUGUUGUUUAUUUUACUAUUUUCUGUAGUCAGUGUUCAUGGUGAACAAUUAGUAGAUAUGAGUCAUCCUGUUGACGAAAACAGCAUAACAUGGGUGGGGCUCAAGCCUUUCAGUAAAUCGCAAAAUUUCAAGGGAUAUACCGAUCGUAACUAUUGGUACGAAAGCUAUAACGUGGCCUUCCCAGAGCACAUUUCAACUCACAUCGACGCACCCAAUCAUUUUGCCUACAAAGGCUCGUCAGUUGACGACAUCCCAAUCAGUGAUUUGGUGGCGCCAGCGGUUGUAAUUGACAUGCGAGAGAAAGCAUCUCAGAACGACGUCGCCGAGCUGUCAACAGACGACGUCAUGGAAUGGCUGGAUCAGCAUGGACCUCUUCCUGAUGGCGUUGUGGUUUUCGUCCUGACGGGAUGGGGAGAGCAGUAUCACAACAAGACGUCUUAUUUGGGCACUGACUCUAGUGACGCUUCAAAACUUCGCUUCCCUGGUGUCAGUGAGGGAGCAGCACAGCUCAUGGCCAGCCACCACGAAGCCUUCGGACGUCGGAUUUUGGGUGUGGGCAUCGACACGGCGUCCAUUGAUCACGGUCCUUCGCAAGAUUUCAAAGCGCACAGAGCUCUCGCGGCAAAGAAUAUUUACAUGCUCGAGAACGUCGCCAAUAUUCAUCUGUUGCCCACCACCGGAGCGGAGGUGACUGUACUGCCCCUCAAGCUGGCCGGAGGCAGCGGCGGUCCGUGCCGGAUUCUGGCGCGCAUUCCGGACUCCGGAGCAGUUGGUCGAUCCAGCUCUGUUCUCGCCAGCCUCGUUAUUAUGCUUUUUCCAAUUCUAAUUCUUCGUUAGCUGAGAAAAUUAUUCAUCACCUGAUGGCUCAUACUGAAAAUGUACACAUUUUAUAAAAUUAAAUCACGAAUAUUUUUUUUAACGUAGUCGUCCAUCAGUCGUCGUGGUUGAUGGAUCCCAGAAAAAGCGCCGAAGCAUCACGAUUAUAGAAAACGCAGUCAUUCAACAAAAAAAUGCUUCAGAUCAACAGCGGCAAGCCGGCAACUCCUCGGCAGCGAUCAACAUGUCUAGUAUCAGCAACACAUCUAGUCAAUUACUGUCUAAAAUCUUUUUAAUUCGGGAUGAAUUACUUACCCCGAUAAUUGUACAGAUUUGUUGUUUAAAGAUUGAUAAUAAAUUUAAAAUUGAUCCAUGACAUCGAUAUUAGAAUAGAAUAG